AAAUCGCUCCCUCUCCCGCAAGCAGGCUGUAGUAACCAGUGAAGGUGUGUGUGUGACUUCACUGGGUUUGGAUCAUGGAAAUCCUGGGGAGCACGUUUGAUGAUUCGGUAUUUGAGGAAUCGCGGAGCAGGGAUUUAUCCACAGAUCUUCCCUCAUAUACACCAAAAACCUGCGAGCCAGAGUGGUUUUGUCACCAUGAGAAAUUCGAAGACAAGCUAGAUGAACAGAAAACGAAGAAGUUCCGGGCGGAUCUGAAAUACAGGAAAAAACAAUAUCAGGAAGCUUUAGAGGACUACACAGCAUGCCUUCCUCUGGUGACUAAUAACAAUCUAUCUCUGAAAAGAGAUAUGUUGGAGGGAAUAGCUCGGUGCUACAGUUCUCUGGGAAGGACCAGACAAGCCCUAGAGAUCUGCGAGAAACUGAGGAACGAGGCGACCAACUCGUGCCACCUGACCUGCGUCCUACAGCUGGAACAGAGCAUCCACGAUGGCUGUGGGGACACAAUCAGCAGCAUCUCUAGUCUGAAACAGCUUUGCUCUGUUCAUCCUUUCAACCCUUGGCACUGGCUGAACCUGGCCAUAAGUUAUCAAACCCUGUUGGAGGCAUCAACCUCCGUCGAGGAUCUAAAAGAACAGUCAGUGUGGCCACAGGUCCUUAUUCAGCAACAGGAGGAGCAGGAAGUACGGCUGAAGGCCUGCAUGUGUUUAAUUAGAACGAGGCUGCUGAUUGAAAUACUGAAGAUUCAGCAGUUUUCAUUUGUCCUGGAAAGGAGCAAGAAAACCCUUCAGGUCGUUGAGGCGACUCUGCAAAAGAUGAAGCUUAAAGAGGAAACGUUGCGCCUCAUUUCUGAGGUGAUGGCCGAAGAUCUGAACCCAGAGAAGAUGCGUGAAGAGAACCAGGAUGGUGAAGGUUUAUCAGGUUUUACCAUUAAGGACUUUGAUGAACGGUGGUGGAACAAACUUUGUGCCUGCCUGAAGAAAAUGAAGGAGAGUACAGUUUUAUCAAGUGAUAAGGAAAUGGAAACAGGGUGAAUGUAAUCUUCAAGGAUUUUCUUAUAAAUAUGACUUAUUUAUUAUUACAGGUUUUAUUGACUUGGUGUGAUGAAGAAUGUUUUGGGAUUUUAUAAAAAUAAAGAUUUUAAUUGUUUACUA